AUGGAGAGCGACGGACUUUCCAGCGCGGACCAGAAGCUGAUCCGAGAGAGCUGGGAGAAAGUGAACAGCAGCCCCAUCGAGCACGGCUUGGUCUUGUUUACCAGGUAAGGGGGAGAAGGGAGAGGGGCAGGCUGGGCUGGGCUUGGUUGGAGGGAGCACGUGCGAGGCCAGAUGCCUUAAAGGAGGAAGAUUGUAAGGGGGAAUCGAGGAUCUGCCCGGGAGAAUCAAAGAGCCAGGUGUGUCUCCACGACGCCUGAAGCGGAGACGGUCCUUUGCAAAGCAGACCAUCUUGACCCAACUUGGUUUCACAGCUUGAAAGACUCCGGUGAGAAACUUUGUUCCACCUUCUCCGCCACGAUCUUUACGCUCCAUAUUUCCAGAGUCUCCAUGCUUAGAUUUGUUGGUGGUGAAUCUCUACUAGGAACGAGCAGGCUCUUUAUAGCAGGGGUUUGGUUCCUCUUCACACAUCACAGGGGUGGGACGUCUAAAGUGGUGGCGGCGAAGCGGGCAGAUCGUGUGUUAACGAGUGUAGACCCGUUUGGUUAUUUGCAGGUGAUUUAUAUGUGACACAGGUGACAGACUUGCUUCCAACAUGGAAGUGUUUUCCUGUGCAGCCAAAGUGUAAUAAUAGGUGAAGUAAAGUGCCUCUCUUUCUAAAUUAGCUUGGGGUGUGUGUGUGUUUUUUUUAAUAAAAAAAACAUUUAUAUAUCACUGUUUCAUGUCGGUGCCUAACAAGACUGCUGUCUGGGCUUGAGAAGAGACUACCUGCAGGUCGCAUAACACCUCUGUGCUGGGGCUCUUCUUGUCCCAGAAGUGCAGGGCUGGUUUCAGCUAGUUUCUAACCCCCCACUAUAAAUAAAAAUUUAAACCACAAACAAGAAUACAUCUAUAUAUGGGGGUAAUGAGCUGUAUACAAUAAAAUAAAUAGAAGACAAAAGCCCAGACAAUAUUUAACAUUAUUUAGAAAGGAUACUGAAGUCUACAUUUAAUAUAAAUAAAACAGCAUUGAAUUAGGUUAAUUAAAUAAUUUCUCUUUCUUACACCCCCCCCAAGACACCAGGACUUGACUUGAGCUACAGCUUGUUGCUAAUACUGUAUUUGCUUUCAGUUCCCUGGAGUAUCCCUAGAAUAUGCAAAGUAAUGAGUGCCACUGAGCAUGUGCAGAGCGCCUUUUAAUAAAGACCAGUCAGUCACAACAAACCCAUGUAAAUAUGUGAUGAAUAGUUAAGGUGGCAAUUUUGUAUGAGCUUACCUGAAUGUAAGUCCCAGACACAUAUAGGCUUGUGCUGCAAGGCUUCUGGGACAGAAAGAGGGGACUCCUAGACAGGCUUGAGUUCCAGCAGGACUUUUUUCAUUUCAGAAAAUGAAGCGUUCGAUGAGUCCAGACAGAGAAAACAGCUUGUGCAGUCCUGUGAAGGCUUACUUUGGCAUAAGCUUGGGCAACAUAGCACCUCUAUGAGUUCGAAGGGUGCAAGUAUUGAUGUGAUUUUCAUAUGAAACUCCAUGAGGAUUAAAGGCCAGCAAGCUGUUUAAAAAGACAGGCCAAGAACACAGGAAGAAGGUUGUGUGAGCUCUGAGUCUUCCCUUUGAUAUCUUCUUGCAGUUGUGGCAGAGAUGAGAGCUUUCUCUUAAUAAGGGAGCAGCUCCACAGUCCUCAGCUCUGCAGAGUGUAUCAGAGCGGCUUCCUAAUUGCAUGUGACAUGGCGAUCACCGGAGCCAAGGCCAGGCCUGGCCCUUGGGGAGAGGCUUGAUUCAUUCCGGGAUCAGUCCCAGGGCAGAGGAAAUGGUGCAUGUGAGAGAACAGCUGAGUGCCCGGGUGCAUGCCAUUAACCCUGAAGUUGAGGAGUACAAAGCUGGGAGACGCAGAUGGGACAAAGGCUUGGCGCCUCUGGAAGGCCAUGCUUGGUUUUAUAGGAAGCAACAAACUUUAUUUCUCCAUUCACAGAGGGGUUUGUGCAGAGGCUGCUCUGCAGCCAAUGUUCACCCACCUGCUCCCAGCCACUCUUUAAGUUUCCAUUGUAUAGACAGGAAAACCGAGGCAGGUAAGCGUGGCUUUCUCAACAUGGACUGAGGAGAGUCUAUAGUGUGGAGAAUGGGAUUUGGAACCUAGGAAACAAGUGACAGAUCUUGGAAUCUCAAAUUUCAGGGGUGCCCUUUGCAAUGCCAAAAUCCAGUGUCCCCUCGCCUUCUGUUAGAUGUCAUAGUUGCGGUGCCCCAGAAGCUUUGCGCCUGGUGUGACCAAACCUGUUGUGCUCCCCUAGAUCUGCCUUUCAUAUAAGGUCAGAUCAUUUGUGUACUUGUCGACACGUGGCUGGCAGUGGCUGUCCAGGAUCUUGAGCAAAGGUCUCUCACAUUGCCUCCUAUCUGAUCCUUUGUUCUUUUUAAUUGCAGACAUAAUAAAUCGAACCUCCAGCCUUCAGCAUGCUCUACCCCUGAGCUAUGAUCCCUUCUCCUACACAGAGAACAGAACUGUUUAUCUGCUGCUUGUGUGUGGUGAAUGGCAGCCUGUCCAUUGAAAUUCCACUUGCUUUGUCUGACUUUGGGACUGUUAGAUUUUAGUUUCCAAGAAUCAAGUCCAAUCAGUGGCAGAGCUUCAUGCUCCAGCACCGGGGGGGGGGCGGAGAGCAGGUGGGGGCGGGGCUGGCAUGCGUCCUGGGGGCGUGGUGCUCAGCGUGGGCAGGGGGGCAGCCGCGAUGGCACCCCACCAGUAUUUCACUGCUGGGGGUGGUGCACUCCCCUCGCACUCCUCUUCCUCUGCCAGUGAGUCCAACACAGUCAGCUCCAGCUCCCCAUGUAGAAUAUGGUUGGGUGGAGCUGGUAAUAUAAAAUGGGCAAUGCAAUGUAGGUAAGGUAUCCUUUAAAGUGGUGUGCAAACAGCUUCUGGGAAUUCUCUGCUAUGUUUAUAGGAGAUUUCUCCUGUGGGAAGAUAAAUUAUUCUUUAGUAAUUUUUCAGGGGUGGGGCUGACUAUUGGCAGUGAGGAACGGAAUCAAAGCUUCUUUCUUUUCUACUAAGGGUUUGUGUGUGUGUGUGCGCGCACAUUGCUGAUACUACAAAUGGCUGCAGGAUCUGUGUUGGUCAAGUCACCAUUUGCUUUUUCCACAAUGACUUGGACUUGGUGUUGUUUCAGGGCUCAGGUGGGUGACAAACACUAGUGAGAGAGAGAGAGAGAGAGAGAGAGAGAGAGAGAGAGAGAAAGAAAGAAAGAAAGAAAGAAGAGAACAUUGGGGGGGAUAUGCAAAGUGGCCUUUUUGGGGACAGGGUGAAGAAAAAGAAAAAAAAAUAGACAUUCUUUCAUGGGGUUGGACUAGAUGACUCUUAGGGGCCCUUCCAACUCUGCAAUUCUAUGAUUAUUGUUUUCUCAGUAAAAAAUGCCUUAUGGGAAACUGAAUAGCUGUAGUACUGCUCCAUUCAGUUAAUUAAUAAACACACAACUUUGUUUCUCUGGGCCAAAUGCAAUAAGACCCACUCAAUGAAUACGAAGACGAAAUUAUCAGAGGGUGCUUAAAAGUUUGGAAGGGAUGCACAAAGCUUCAGAAGGAGUAGACAAAUGAGAAAGCGACAGGUUAGCAGGCAGAAUUGUGUUCACAUGGGUUCUUCAAGAGUUCAAAUGUAAAAUUGUUAACUAAGGUAUGUACGGUAAUUUAAAAUCAGCAAACUUUUCCAGCAAUUGCUGAAAUGGUCAUUGUAGCACCUGUAUUUUCAGCAGGAACCAGGAAAUUAGAACCCUUCCAGACAAUUCUAUACUGUAUUGUACAAUAUGAUGGAAAUCGUUAUUAAGGCUAGUUUAUCUAUUGAAUAUGUAACACAACAAAACUUGUGGAAGAAGAGUUGGCUUUGUGUCUCCAAAGAGAUGUCUUGCUUCACUAACUCCUUUAAGUGUGUUGAAAGUAUCAACAAAAAUGUAAUGUAGAGGGGGUGGUUAGCCGAACAUUGCAUACAUAGGCUUUGUGUUUGUUUUUAAGAGAGCUUUUUAGCAAACACUCCUUUCUGUGGAAAGUCAACAGUCAGAAAUGCACCCUCUUAUGCAUUCAAACCAUCCUCUAGUUAAAAUCCAGAAAGCUGUGGUUAGGAAUAUAGGCAUUUUUCAUCAUAGAGGAAAGCAAAUUAUAUGGAGUGAGGCUGGUACUGUUUAGAUUAUUUAAUAAUUAUCUAGAGUCAGUGACAGAGCUACCUUGUGCAUGACACAAAGUUAUUAAUAGGAUGUUACAACUGCAAUGAGCAUAGAUGUGGUGUUGUUUGUUUAAAAAACAGAUAAAGUGACAAAGCACAAGCCUACCAGUGACCAUUGUCUAUGAUGGCCUAAAUGGACUGUCUACAUUCUGUGGCGUAGCUGUUAAUAGUUUGAGCGAGGAACGCUCUGUUUCAAAUCUCAUCUCCUUACUUCAUAACUCUCAGCCUCCCUUCUGCAGCAUGCGGAGAAUACCGACCUACCCUACUGAUUGUUGUAAAUGUUGUUGAGGUAGGCCAGUAUUCUCCUCAUGCUGCCAGGUAGUAUUAUGAAGUCUUUGUAGCAAUUUUUUAUUUUGCAAACUGCUUUAUAGCCCCUGUCUGAUGGACGACACCAGUCUCUUGCAUUACCAUGACUUUGAAGGAUUGCGAGUUUUGAGUUCCUGCAUGGAGCAAACCAUUCUUUGAGAUACCAUUACAUGUUUUAUACCACUGUAUAAAAUUGUUAAGCGAAUAGCAGAGAGCAGAAUUCAGGCUGGUAUAUGGAACGAUAUUGCAACAGAUUCUCGUUCCUCCUUAUUAGUCAGGAGAGAUGUGUACCAUAUAAAUAGAAAAAACGGGUUCCUGUCAAUCUAGGAGGUGAAUUACCAGAGAGAUGCGCUUAGGGAGGCAGGCAGGGUUGAAAGGGCACCAGGGAUGACAUGCAUGUGUGAAAUGCAACCUGGCAACGAAAAGCUGAUGUGGAUUUUGGGCUGUGUCAGGGAAUGAAGAAGGGAGAGUCUAAUCUCAAUGCCGUCUGGAGGUGAAGACCCUUUGAAUGUUGUGUUAAGAGACUGUGGUUAGUGGGUAUUUUGACAAUGUAUGUUGGUGGGAGGCGCAGAAGGGCAGAACAGAUCCUACUGAAGGGAGUUUGGAAACAGGCAACAAAACAAGUCAUUGCUACGAGAAGAACUGAGGAUGUUUUCAACACAUCUUAUGCUCUUUUGCGCAAGGGUGGUAACUUACAGCGCCUGUGGUGGAGUAAAUGGUGUGUGCUAAACUCAGCCUUUUUUUCAGAGAAAAGCUUGAUGCUGGCGAUCUUCCAGUGCUCUUGCAAAACACUUAUGAUGUUCUCAGAUUUUUCUGCUAUCCAGGUCUUUGUCACUUCACACAUCCUUCUCUCUGUGCGUGUCUUUCUGUCUCUGCCUCUCUAAAACAGCGUCUUCGACCCCCUAUCAUUGCUACGAUCUAGCAGUGUGAUGCUACAGCACGAUAAAUGGAGAUUGCUGUUUAUACCAGGAAUGAAUGGACUCUUCCCCAUUUCUUAAACACAUAUUUGAGUGGGACGUUUCUACACGCUCAGCUGAGAAACUGGCUUCAGUCCCACUCCAAGCAUAAGAGCACCAUGAGAUGAGCAAGGGGAAAGGGGCGAUGGCAGACCUCCAUUUGCAUUGCCUUCCCCAACUGGGCAGGCUGUGCUCGCAGGGAGAGCUCAAGUGACUGGGAAGUAGUGAUAAAACAAUUAAAGCAUUUUAAAAUUUGUUUAAAACAAGUCCAAUACAGAUGGAGAUUGGGAAAGAUUGCUACCUGAAAUGCUUGUUGAUUCGGGGAACAUUUUCAGCCGGCACCGAAAAGACAACAGAGAUAAUGCCUGAGAGUUGUGCUGGGGCUCCAUUUUUCUUUCCCAGAAACCAAUUGUAAAGGGACAGGGGAAGUUGUACCGAGAGAAGAAAAAUGCCCUGGGUGGUAAUCAACUAAGUUUUACUCCGUGUAUACCUAUUGGAAUUAAUGAAUAUUACUAAAGCCCAUUCAUUUCAGUAGGUCUACUUUUGGAAUAAAACCUAGUUGAGUACCACUCCUUGUCCUCUGUUGUACCUGGUUUGUUUUCCUGAAGGCAGGCUGGGCAUGAGGGGAGACUGUACUGACUGGCUUGCUUUCUUGGGCCUCCCCAGAAGCUAAGAUGUUCCAUGAGGAUGGGAAAGAGAGAUGAGAUGGGAUGGGAUGUCUGCCCGAUUUGUAUGGAGGCCAAAUAAUUGUUGGGUUGAUGUCUUUCAGGCUUUUUGAUUUGGACCCUGACCUCUUGCCCCUUUUCCAGUACAACUGCAGGAAGUUCGCUACUCCUCAGGAGUGCCUCUCGUCACCCGAGUUCCUGGAACACAUUAGAAAGGUGAGAGGUGUAAAGGAGUCCUUCUGGUAAUUGUCUUCAACUAUAGCAAAGGCUAUGCUGGCAAGUGGCAGUGGGGUAUCCUGCUUAGCGUGUUUGGCUAGGGCCUGGGAGGCAUGGAUUCAAAUCCCCACUCUUUCAUGAAGCUCUUGGGGUGAAAGGAGCUUGUUGAGUAAAUCUGGGCCAGUUGUUCUCUCUCAGAUGGACCUACCUUACAGGGGAUCAAAUGGUAUACAGGUGACCUUGCACAUUUUCCUGAGAUGCUUGGAGGAAGAUUGGGAUAAAAACUGCAGUCAACAAAUACAGCUUCAAGCUAAAACUCUCUUGCUCUGCCCCAACAGCCUUUUGUGUAUCCUCUUCACCAAGAAGUAUCAUUUAACACAAAGUCAGUAAAAUUAUAAUAAGCUAUUAUUUAUUCUACACUGCCAGGGAAUGGGGAAAUAUUAAUUGGUGCCUAGUUCUUCCCAUGUGUUUUGAUGAUCUGAACUACUUGUAUGACAUGAAGGACCACUGUUGUCUAAGAGGUACCUGUAAAAAAUUACCUGGGGUGGAAAGUCGUGAGCAUGAAUCUAUCCUGAUUACUUUUCUGCGUGCAAAAAAUGCAUUUUUAAAACUAAUAUAAAUCUAUUAACUGUAUUAGAUUAGGAAUGAGUUUAAUCACAUUUAAAUAAUUAGAUUUAGCUUAGCAAAGCAAGCAGGAAGGACAAGUAUGAGCUUAACUCCAAGGGUGUGUUAAGAAAAUAUUGAGACAAGGGACCCUACAGGGGUAUAAGCAACCUUUCUUUUCUGACUGACUUUUGACCUAGCUGUGGGCUGGUUUUAAUAGAAUGUUUUCUGCUGCAUGCCUGGUGUUUGGUGUUUGAUUAUGAUAUGUUUUUAAUUUGUUUUACUUUGUCCCUUUUGAUGAAUUUUCUUUUCAUUACCUCCAUUGAACAAUGUUUCGUUGGAAAGUCAGGAAAGAAAUACAAAUAUAGAAAUAAAAUAAAUGAGGUGGUUUGAUAGGGUGUUUAGAUUGUCAGAUUAAAAGAGAACAAGUUUAGUCUAGCUCUCCCCCACCCCCAAGGAUGGCUAGUCAGGUUUUAUUUAUUUUUCAGCAUUUUUGUCCUGCCUUUCUGCAAAAUAGGGUGGCAGAGUACAAAUUGUGAAGAGGUGAGCUAAAAUUUAGUUGAAACAGUCUGUUGGACAAGCAAAUAAGAGGAUGACAUUGGUGCAGAAACCAGUAGCAGUCAAAAAUCAGCCUCAGAAAACACUAUCUUUAAAAAGCCUGGUGAAGAAGGAAAGUCUUAGCUGCUUUGUUGAAAAACAAGCAGCCAUGGGGCCAGGUGAGCUUCUUUUGGCAGAGUGUUCAAUGGUCUGUAUCCCAACACCGAAAAGGCCCUGUCCCUGCCAGGCUUCAGACUCAAGUAGGCAGGAGACAUCCAACAAGAGCCUCAGUAGAUCCAUACCCUCCAACAUUUCUCUGAUGAAAAUAGAGAUGUCCUAAGGAAAAGCAGGAUCAAAUCAGAAACCGAGACAGCUUCUGUAAAUCCAGGACUGUCCUUGGAAAAUAGGGACACUUGGAGGGUCUGUAGAUGAUCAUAAAGGUUAGGCAAGUGUGUGGAAAGAAUUCUCCAGAUACUCUAGUAACAGGUCAACUGGGCCUUUAAAAGUUAAAACACUUAGAAUUGAGCCCAGAAAUGAAUUGGUAGUUGCUGUACUGAAGCCAGGUCUUGUAAACAUUCUGGCAGCUGCAUUCGGGACCAGUCAAAGCUUAUGAACUACAAAGGCUGAGCCACAUGGAGCACAUUAGAGUAAUCCAAUCUGGAAGUGACCGCAGCAUGAAUAGCUGGCUACUCCUGGCUUUUCAAGGGAAGCAUGCAGCUGACACACAUGCUGAAAGAUGGUACUUCCAGCCACAAGAUCAUCCAGUUGCCAGGCUGGGUCUUGGAGUACUGCCAAGCUGUGGCUGACUUUUAAAGGAGUGUAACUAUGUGCAAAAGAAACAGAACACCAGAGUUUCUAACACCAAACCCUCAACUACCCAUUGCCUCUAUUUUGUCUGGAUUAAACACCAGUUAGUUCACCCUCAUCUGCACCAAAACUGAUGCCCUUAAGGACUUUUAGAGGCAGGGCACAGCAGAACCACCCCUUCUUGCUUGUUCCAUUAAUUGGUAAUCAGAUCUAUACUCUCUCUGGGUACAGAAGCUCCAUUUUUAGCUAUCAUAGCUAAUUGCCAGUGGUAGAUUGAAUUUGGCUACAAAAUCACAAUGGGCACGCACCUAUUAGGAAGUAAAUCCCAUUCAUAUCAAGGGGGCUUGUUACCAAGGAAAUCAGCUUUAGUUAUAUGGCUGUGAGUUCCCCUCUGCCCAAAAUCAAAACUCAUGCAGGUGGUAAGAAUGGCAGAGCAGCCAGGAGGGCUGAAUUUAAAAUUGGGCAGUAAGGUUUCUUGUAGCACCAAUCUGCCAGAUAAUGUGUCACUGUGAUGUGUCCCUUGAGAGUCAUGCAUGACAACUGCAUGGACAACCAUGCCCAUCUGUUUCGGCAGGCCACACUGUUGUAGCUUUUCAACAUGUGUAAACGCUACUAGAAGAGGUAAGUGUAUGGGAGAUCAACACACAGGUGAUUUGGGUUUGGUUUCCAGGUUUUUCCUUGCACACACAUGCUUUCUGCAUAAGGGUUUUGUAACAUUUGCUGGAGGCCCUAAAUGGCAGGAUUGGUGUAAUAGACGGAUAUAAAUGGUGUUUAAAUACAGAUUUCCUUCAAGCAUGCCCUUUCAUCUUGACCCGAGCUCUCAGGCUUAUGGAGAUAUCCAGAACAAGCCUUUCAGAGUCUCUUAUAACAUUUGCAGAAGGCUUUUAGAGUGCCUUUACUUCCAUAAGGGCACACCAGAUUGUCCUGUUUGUCGUUCUGUCUGCUUGGUAGGUAAUGCUGGUAAUAGAUGCAGCCGUGACUCAUUUGGAGAACUUGCAGUGCCUGGAAGAAUACCUUGCCAACCUGGGUAAGAAACACCAGGCAGUUGGUGUGAAGGUGGAGUCUUUUUCGGUAAGGAGCCUUUUUGUUUUGAGAUGUAUCUGUGGCACUGUUGACUUGCUUUUAAUUCUUCCCUCAGCUUUCCAGGUUUGUGUUGCAGGAAGGGACAUGUUGGGAAAUCAGUACAGAUUGAGGAGGAGGAACAAGGCCAUGGAGGGUUUUGAGAGGACAAAAAACUUGCUCAGGAUCCCAGAGUGGAUGGGAAACCAGUGGGGACAGUUAAGAGGGGAGGGUCACAUGGUCUGAAUAUGUCACAAAAUAUGUGAGCAGACUUCUGAGCUGUUUUAGACCUGGGUGGAUGAAGGAGAGGGGUGCAUGGCAGAGGGAAAGUUGGGGUGACGUAAGAGCUACGACGUCUGCAGUUGAGAUAGUUGUAAGUCCUGGAGGAGAUUUACAGACUGGAUGAGAUUAGCUUUCUGAAAAAUUCAUUAGCCAUUACUCAGCUCAGCCUACAGCUUCAAGCAAAACUUGCAAGUUCCUCUGAUGCAGAGAAGUAAAAAGCAAGGUAGUCUAUUGUUAGGCAAACUGGGGAUAAAUAAUGGUUGACAGCGCCAGUAAGAGCCAAAUUGAGAGGAUUACUUGGAACCUGGAGGGCGUGUACCUCCACCAUCACUCUGAAAGUAAAGUUCCAUUUUUUAGAUAGUAGAAAAUCACCCCCACCCCUUCCUUAAGAGCUGCUUCUUUUUGAAUGCUGAUUCUGCUGUCUCCUGUUUGAUUUGCAGGCUGUGGGCGAAUCCUUGCUGUAUAUGCUGGAAAAAUGCCACGGUCCCGCUUUCAAUGUGAAUGUGCGUGAGGCCUGGACCAAGCUGUACAGCAUUGUGGUAAAAGCCAUGAGCUGCGGCUGGGAUGUUCCCAGAAAAGUGGAAUAA